AUGAUUAUAGAGUUGAUAACAUUUAUUUUCAGAAUCACUUAAAAAAUAUUUGAAUUCUUAGGACUAACACCUUUGAUAAUAUUCCUAGUAAAGAAAAGUUUAUGGUAUGGAUUCUUUUCAAUUUUGGCAUUUGCAAUAAUUUUAAGAGCAUAUUUUUCUGUUAUUCCUGAGAUGAAUCAAAAAGUACAAAUUUAAUAUCAUUUGAUAAAUGGGAAAUAUUAUGGAUUUGUAUUCGAUCAUUCAUAUAAAAAUAUAUGUUAAAUUUCGAACUAAGACAUCAUAAUAGAAUUUUAGUAAUCAACCUUGAAAUUUUAAAAAAAUUUGUUGUGUGAAUCUAUAGUUUUUGAAGGAAACAAUGAGAUUUAAUUUUAAGAUGAAUACUAUGAAAUUUAAUUCAAUAUUGAUGCAAAUUAUUUAAUUCCUAAUUAAAAGACUAUUGUGGAAUUAACAUCAUAUCUAAUAACAGAUGAUAAUAAUAAAAAUUUUAAAUAAUAAAAUCUGAUAAAAUUAGGAGAAUAAUAUCAUUUAGUAUCAUUAAUUAAAUAUAUUUUAUAUAGUCAAUAUUUAAAUUCCUUCCAUUUAGAAUAGUUAUUAAAGUGUUUAAGAAAUUAUCUGAGUUUUUAGAUUUGCAUGAGACAUAUGCUAAGACAGGAGAGAUUAAAUUAUUUACUCAUAUCCCUAAUUAAAAUAUUAAGAUUAAAGCAAUCAUUUUAGAAAUGGUAGCCUAUGAGUAAUUACAUUUAUUUAAUAAGAGCGGCAUAAUUUGGUUCAGAAAUAAAUUUUGUUCCUCAUUUGACUGGUAUACGAUAUUAUCUCUAUUACUAUUUUAUUUCAACAUUCACUUUAGGAACUCUUUUACUAACAUUGAUUUUUAUUAUAUUUUGGGAAGUAAAUUAAUUAUAUUUAAAAUUAGAUUGUCUUUAAUAUAAAUCUUUGGGUAUUUAUUUUAGGAAUAUUAAGAUCUAUACUUGUAGCAUUAAGAGAAUGA